AUGCCGCGUGAGCUUGCUGUUGCCCAUGUCGUCCCUGAUUCGCCUGAGGCUGUUUACUUUGCUUUGGCGGCCGUCUGCGCCCUAUCGGCUGCCAUAUGUGCUGCGUACUUGCCGUGGAAGGAGGAGGAGACGGCUAAUAUAGUCACCGUGUCCGUCUUUCCCAUCGUUUUGUGCCUUGCCAACCUCGCCUGGUGGGUAAGAGAGCGUGAUUUGGGGCUGAGACGUCGAGACUGGAAGGCCGACGCGGUUGGGGUAGUGGUGGCGGCCGGAAUCAACACCGUGAUGGCGGCCAUCCCCGACCAGUCCGACAAUCGCAUCGUCUGGCAGGCCGCGGCGGCUUUCUCUGUGUUCAUUUUCGUGGAGCUGCUUCAACCCCACACCGAUUUCGGGAUCUCACAGGGUUUUAUCCUCACUGCUUUCCAGACGUCGGUCAUAUGCAACUUCUCCGUGUGGUAUGUCGUCACGGCGAUUCUCCUCGUGGUGGUCAUUUUUCGCCACAGUCGGCUCACUUACGUACCGCCACCAGAUGCCGUCCACUUCUCCCUGUCGUAUGCCGUUGCGGCACUUCUUGUGGCGGUAGUCGCUGUGAUGGGCCUGAUGGCGUCCUCCUUUCGCCGCCCAGAUUUGGGGCCCUUGGGCUUUGCCGCCACAUGA